AUGGCCUUCUGUGCCGCGUCGCCCGCUCAUUGCGGCGUCAUGCACGCGCCUGUGGGGGUGUACCUGCUGUGGUACGGUGCCAAGUUCAGCGAGAAACAAAAAGACAUCGUGCGCCUCUUUAUUGCUUCCCUCACUGCAGAUACAACCAAUCCAGACGCCACAGUUCCGGCAUGGUGGGCCAUCAACACACUCUACUUUGACCAGCAGGGCCGAAACAUCUCCUCCAAUGUGACUAUAAAGGGCGAGACUCACGACACGAAAUACACCCGGGGCACCAUGCUGCUGCGAUCUGACGUGGCGGGGCUCGUCCAAUCAGCCGUCGGGAACGGGGCCCUGCCGUACGACCCGGCCGGCGUGUAUUUCGUCCUUUCUGACGAAGACGUUUCGCAGAUGGAUGAUCCGAACGGGACCGGGGGUACGCAGUAUGCUCUGGCGUUCUGCUCGCACUACUGCGGAUGGCACUCCUUCACUCAAGGAACGGACGGGCGACCACUCAUCAUCUCGUUCGUUGGGAAUGCAGUCAACCAGUGCCCCGAGGGCUGCAUCCCUCCUCACCUCAACCGGCAUCCCCGAGUGUCCCCCAAUGGCGACUUGGGGAUGGACGGGAUGGUGUCGGUGUUGGCGCAUGAACUCGCAGAGGCCACCAGCAGCCCCUUCCUCGCCACGUGGUUCGACAACCAGGGCGAGGAGAACGCCGACAUCUGCUCCUCCAGGUAG